UUCUUUUUUCAUUCAAGGGAUUCGCGUAUUUGAGUAAUUAGAGGUGAAGAGGAGAUAUAUAUAUAUAUAUGAUGGAGCAAUUACGGGAAAGCAGACCUAUUACGACGGCGGGGCAGAAGGAAAGCUCCGCCGUCGCGGAGGAAGAGGAGGAGAAAGCAGGCGAGCUCCAAUUUGGGCGCUGCCAAGAAGAAGAGAAUAUAAUGUUUAGCAGAGAUGACGAUACGAUGUCGUCUUUACUCCAGAUUCCGCUGGACGAAUGUCCCUUCAAUCGAGAUUUGAUGGCCGAUCUACUCUAUCAUUCCCCUGAGGCUGAGGAUGGGAUGAAGAAGAAUUUCGGGCUGAUUUCCAAGAUUUCGUCUGACGUGACACAGAAACCGGAACAGCCGGCGGCCACUUCGUCUUCCGGCGUCACGCGCGGCAGCGGUGAGGCUGCGCCGCCGCCGGCUCAGGGUGUGGUAGCGAAGGAUCGCAAGAGAAAAGCAAUACCACAAAACAAAGAGGAUAGUGAGUGCCAGAGUGAGGACAUUGGAUAUAAAGCACCUAAAGCCAAAAACACCGCCAGUGGCUCGGCAUCAAGUAAGAGAUCUCGUGCUGCAGAAGUCCACAACCUCUCGGAAAGGACAUCCUUAAUUAGAAAAUUUCUGAUUUUUCUUUCCAUGUUACAGUUGGACAAAGCUUCGGUGUUGGAUGAGACUAUCGAAUUUACGAAAUCUCUCAUGAUGCAAGUGCAGAUGUUGACCAUGAUGUUGUACCAUGGCACACAAGGUUUCGUGCCAUAUCUAUCGAUGCCAAUUUCACCAAAUAUGGAGCCUCGAUUUCCAAUGCCACUGACUAAUCCUUCACGAGCUCAGACUUGUAACCAAGCGGCCAAGUUUCCUAAUUUUCCAAAUCAGCUGCCAAUGCCGAGUUAUGCCGAUUUGUAUCAACAGUUUCUGAGAAUGCAACAGCAACAGUUACACAAGGAAAUAAUUGAAUUGACAAAUCUAUUUUGCAGAAUCAAGUCGUGCCACAGGCUGAUGACCACAAGCCGAGUACUAGUAAAGAAGCUGAUAAUUAGCAUUGUGGUUAAUUAUGCUGAAAUAUUAGCAGACUGUCAACCAAGCAAAGUUUUGCAAUGAGAGAGAGAGAUAGAGACACACAGAUAGAGAAAGAACAAAGUAGAAGUAACUUCUAGCUAGAACUAUUUUACUUGUCUUGACAUGUAUGUAUAUUGUCUUAGUUUCUUUACUUUUCACUUGUCUUGGAUAUUUGAGUGUUUGUUCUUAGAAACAUGUGGUGGUUUGAAUGAUUAGAGGUAGAGAAAAAUGAAAACCCUGUAGAUAUUUGUGCGGUAACGAGGAAUGUGUUGUGAUAUAGCUCCAACUCGGUUGAAUCGAAGCUAAUACCUCAGAGUUAAAUUCGGAUAAAUCAGGUAUAGAAGGCUGGGAGACGAGUCAUUUGACUUGUAAAGGUGGACUCAGUGUAAACAUGAUCAGAUAAGAAUAACUUAACCCUUGGGUAAAAGAUAAGGAUUUGCGUCAGCAAGAAAUAAGACUUGGAGAACACGAAAACUAGCUAUAUAAAGGGGAAGGUAUGAUCAGAACUCUUCUCCCUCUCUAAUCAUUAUAAGCAUUACAUACCAUAUAUUUUCUAGAUUUGAUAACUGACUUGGGUGUCGGAGUACUGCCGGGAAUUCUUCUCGACUCUUGUUUUGCAGGUUAUCUACUUCACCUAAACGGGGUAUUCCAGCUAGAUCUAGAGUCCGACACGUCGUGUUGAAAUUUUGUCAAAUGAUAUUUAACGACUAAAAUAGGAAAAUCAGGAACAAUGUGGCCUGCAGAGUAACGUUUACAAGGUAGAGAAAUUUGUUCUAGGACCAAGUAGAUCGGAAUUAGAUAUAUGUAUUCUUAAAAAAUAUAAUUUUCGUAUAUGAAGAAUAUAUUAAAAUCGAUGACAUGGACCCUGUCAUUGCCGGCAAAGGCCUCGAUCCUGAUUCACCGUGAAUGAUUUGUACAG